CAGGAAAACCAUCUCCUUGUCCAACACUUGAAAACCCUCAGUUUUCUUUACGUAAAUUUUUCAAACAUGGCCAUUACCAAUUUUCUGAAUAAGACCAAAUCGUGCUGCAAGACAUCCACUUCUUCAGGACCAAAGGACUCUGUGAAGGAUAUUAAUCUCUCCGGCGGACAAUGUUCCUGGUGUGGCAAAUAUGGUCACCUCAGAGGUCACUGCCCUUUACUAAAGUAAUAGCCGCCAUCAGCUCAGCUUUUGGGCCAAAGCCCUAGGCUCUGGUGUUCACGGUUAUUGUACAUACCCUAUCUUCGUUUUUUUCUGCGUAAUUCA